CAUACCGAUUUAAUGUCAGUUACAAUAACAAAAUAAAUUUUUGAAUAAAUAAUUUCCAAUAACUUUGUAAAUAAAUGAAAACAAACAUUAUUUUCUCAGGUUCACUUAUGUUCAUUGAAUAGUUACGGAUAUUAUAUACAAUAUAUAGUAUUCCAGUUGAAUAUGAAGAGAUUUACGAUAAAUGAUAUACCGGAAUUUUCAAAAAAAGAGCGGAUUGUGGUUGUUGGUGUGAUAGGAAAGUCUCCAUAUCGGUACCCUAAUAAAACAACCCCACUUUUGCCCUCAGUGAAAUAUGACGAGAAUGGUAUUGAGUGUCAUUGGGAUGAGCAUAGUGGUGUGUUAUACCUGCAUGCAGUCACAUACCUGGACACACAACGCCUGGUUGCCCUAACAGAGACCCUUGAUGAAAAUUCAAAGACCACAGAGAAAGAUGCUGAUGCUGCACACUGGUUGGUCGCUUCAGGAGAGCUUGCUGCUGAUUCCUGUAAAGAUAUAGCUUUGCUGUUCCACCUUUGUCACAUUGUGGUCCUCUCUUCACCGACUUCAGUGUUUGAUCUUGGUUAUCUGCAAUUGUUUAAAGCCAUUGAUGCUUACAGAAAUGAAUUAUCCCAACGUACGACUACAGCCCUUAUUGAUAGUGGGCUGGACGGUGUGUGGGAGUCUCAUGGUCGUUCAUGUUGCCCGCGCUUAUUGUUUCACUUCCGUCGAGCUCCGACACCAUUGCGAGGGGCGCCAGCAGCUCUAAAGAGAUUGGAGCAUGCUGUAGAAGACCAACUAUAUUUUAUAUUGAGGAAAGCGAGAAUUAUUACUAAUGUGUGCGCAAAAUCACUUUUUGCAAUACCGAAAAAUGAAGAAUUCGUGUACAUGAACGCGGAGCAGAGCGCGGGCGGCGCCCGGGACGUGAGCGGCCUGCUGCGCGGCCUGCUGCAGCGCUGCGGCCCGCACGCAGACCACGCCACUGCGCCGCCACCACACAGGCCCAGCUUCAAGCAGUUCCUGCAGACUCACAUAGACCUGGCCUUCGGAGAGGGCUUCGACGACAAUGUUGGGAAAUAUGCCAUGAGCACUUCGUUUUUUGAGCUGCCGAGUGCGUCGUCGUGGCGGCAGGCGGCGCAGGUCCUGGCGCCGCUGUAUGCGGGCGAGCCGGGGCCGGAGCCCCAGCCCGAGGCCGAGUCUGCCACGUCGGGCUCCUCCGCCGCCCCCGCAGCACCCGGCGCGCUUUACGAUUCGCUUGCCACCGACGUCCGGUUCUCGCAGGCUCGCUGUGCGAAGGUACUGCCUAUAGCACAGGCUUCAUACGCGGAAGGUCUACCAGCACAUUACUCCAGUCAGCAUCAUGCGCACAAGGCGGGCGUGGCGCUGGCCGUGCUGGGGCAGAUGGCGCGCGGGCCGCUGGCGGCGGCGGCGCGGGCGCGGCUGGCGGCCGCGUGCCACGCCACCUGGCGGAGCCGCAGCCUGUGCGAGGCGCCCUCCCUCACGCAGCAUCCCUGCGUGCUGCCCGAACACGACAGCAGCACGGAGCACUCGUCGGGCGUGCGCUACGUGGCGGCUUGCAGCUGCGGCCGCAGCAAGUGUCCGCGCGACGACCCGUACUCGCUGCGCCGCGCCAACCACACCUUCUACCAGCUCGCCGCCGACGACUGCGCCGGCUGCCACUCGCUGCACGCCAUACACUUCCCCGUCUUCCAGCCCUCCACGCCCACCUACAGAGCGGCCUCAGUAAAGGGCGCGUCAAGUCAAGAGGCGACAGGCGAGGGCGCCACUGCGACACCACCGGACGGCCCGGAACCGGAUGGCGGCGAGCCGGACGGCGCGGACGGUCCGGACGCGUGGUCGGAACCGGACGCGCUGUCGCCAGGCGAGGCCCACGACGAGGAUGAUGACGACCGCUCGUCCGCGUCAGACAGUAAAUAUGUGGUGCCGGUGCGUGGGGAUACCACUUCUGAGCGCGCGAUGACGCGGCAGCCGUCGACGACGGAGUACCUGCCGGGCAUGCUGCACGCGGGCUCGCCGGCCGGCCUGCUGCCGCCGUUCCCCAGCUGGAGCCUGCUGUGCCUGGGGCCGUCGUCGCUCUACUCGCACGCGCAGGGGCUGCCCGAACACCUGCAGCCCGGCUUCCUGCCGCACACCAACUACCUGCUGCCCUGGGACUGCGCCGUGCGCAUGGAUCAGGUGAGCGCGUGGCGGUCGAGCGGCGCCGCCGGGGCGGGCGGGCGCGGGCGGGGCAAGGCGGCCGCCCCGCACCACCUCACCGUCAAGAUAUUCAUCGGCUUCGAGUACGAGUGCCCGCGCGGACACAGGUUCAUGAUGUCAUCGCCGGACACGGUGGUGUCGGGCGGCGGCGGCGGCGGCGGCGCGCGGCUGGCGGCCAGCGACAUGCCGCUGUACAGCAGCUGCGUGUGCCGCGGCGCCGCGCCGCUGCCCGCGCAGCUCAUGCGGCUGCACGUCGUCACGCCCAAGGCGCCCGUCCACGUCACGCUCGACCCCAAGGCGCAGCCGGUGCCCGGUGGGCCGAUCUUCGUACCGCAGCCGGUUGGGUCGCCGCCGAUCAAGCUGUCCGCCUCCGCCUACUGGGUGCUGCGCCUGCCCUACAUGUACUGCGACGAGCGAGGCUGCCUGCCUCGCCCGCGGCCGCCGCGCUCGCACUCGCACCCGCAGCUGCCUCCGCAGCGGGCCGGCUUGCUCAUAGCACCCGUCUUCGGCUUGCAGGACUAGUCAACAACUUACGAAAUCCAUUGAUAAAGCUACGCGUGUGAUCUACGUUGUUACAUCGACGAAUACCAGUUGUCAAUGAUCAGUAAUUAUGCAAGGUAUGUUGGUAAUCCAUUCGAAACUCAAAACCAAUGUGAGAGUUAAAGAUAUGCAAACAAUUUGUUGUUCUAGAACCGUCGAUAACUUUUAAUGUUGAAAAGCAAUUUACAACGAAAUAUAUGCAUCAAACUCAAAAAAGAUGAUAUCUAUAUGUCAAAAUUAUUUAAAAAGGUUUAUGUACCAUUUUGAAACUUUAUUUUCUUGUAUACUGAUAAAGCACGGAAAACGUCGUUCAGGAAACUACGAUAAUCCGACUCGAAGGACCAUGAUAUAUAUCUGUCAGAAUGCUAAUGUUGAUAUUUAAAUGAGAAAUGGAGAUAAUAAAAUAAAAAUGUUAUAUUUAUAAAUUACUAAUUAUAUUUUUAUUAAACAUAUUCAUAUCGUAUGCUCAUGAUUGUUAUAUCUAUCUUCACGCCAUGUCCUUUGCGAGGUUGGCAGAGAGAACUGACUGCCAAAGAUCUCUAUCCUUCCAUAUAUCUCUUGCUUCCUCAUGAUUGUUUAUAGGGAAAUUAUGAGUAUAUUAUAUUUUACUAACUACAAAAUUUGUAAGCCAACACAAAUAUUGUAAUGUGUUACACCUUUAAACGAGACAUCGUCAAGUAAUCCAUUGAAACAACACCCUUUCAAUCCCUCUCUUCCAUAACUGCUUUCACAAUCUUUCUUCUUUUCUAAUCGAAUAUUAAUGCUGCGUCAGGGUUCUAUACCAGUCAGUUGUAGUUUGGACAUCGAACAGCCAAUAUUAGCUCUUCAAAUUUCGAUCAAUUCAUUAAAUGGUUUUACUUCGUUUAGUGGUGAAACAGGUGUUGCUAUAUACAAUCCAAAUUGUAUAAUAAAAAAAAGCAAUAACAGUCGAAGAAUGAUCAUAGAUAAGCCGUUUUGAAACCUAUUUCGACAUUUAUCUAUGGUUAAUCUUCAUAGAUAAAUACCGAAAUAAUUUAUCGCUAGAUAAUCUUCAUUGCCGUAUGCAUGAAAUGGAAUGAAAUGGCAACGUCUAGUGUUUUGUUCCUAUGCGUGCAGCGACGAAAAUGUAUCUACCGAUUGGUUAGCGCAGAGUCCUUCAUACUAAAUGAUGUUGUGCAUGUUGAUUGUAAUGCAAUAAAAUAAAAUAAUAUUCACUAGCCAACUAAUUGUACAUAAUAAAUUGAUUAUAUUUUGCCUUAUCUAGUAAGUAAUAUUUGAACAUUUUUGUUUAUGACCUUAAAGUUAUUUCUAAUAAAAAAAAAAACAAACAUACUCUGGGCCCACAAUAUUGCGUAAGUGGUCAAGAAAGGUUACUAAGUGAAGAGCUUUGUACUAGACGUUGUAACCGAUGCACAAAAUUGUAGAGUUUAACACAUUGCAUAUUGAUACCGAAAGUGGUAACUAAGGAAACCAUGCAUGAUAUGACAGUGCAAAGGGAAGGAAUCUCAAAAGUCUAGAAGGGAAAAAGUUUAGAAAAAUGAGGUUGUCCAUUCACCAUAAUGUCAGGAUU